AUGCCUGCUACAGAAGAAACAGAACCGGGAACACGAAACAGAAAAUUGACUGAAAAAGGAAGAGAAUAUAAACAUGAACAGUACAACAAAAUUUUCAGAACACUGAGGUUAACAAGUGGUGCGAUUAGACAGCUUAUUUCUGAUAAUGAAUCUCCAGAAACAGUAAGAAAAAAGUAUGCUUCUUGGCUUGAAGAUUAUGAACAUUUUCUUGUGAUAUUUGAUGAACUUGUACCUCAAUUUACCGACAAGAAUGAGAAAGAAGAAUUGCUUAAGGCUCAUUAUGACUAUGAUGUGUUCCUCAUGAACUUCAAGAAAGAAAUAGAAGAGUUCUUUUCCAAAAAUCAGAGUGUUAAGGAGGAAUCACAAAAGUCCAAGUCUCACACAUCUAUAGCAUCAAGUAUUUCGUCCAAGCGCCUUGAGGAGGAACAAAGAGUAGCUGAGUUGAAAGCUCGCAAGGCAGCACUCUUCCAUAAGAAGGAACUAGAGCUAGCAAAGGUGAAACUAAAACUUGAAGAAGAAGAGUUGGAUUUGAAUACAAAUAUCGCUAUUGCGAAUGCUAAAACAGAAGUUCUUCAGAAAUAUGAAAGAUAUGAGGAUGCUGAUUUGCAUGAUGUUGAUUCUUACAUAGACAUUGGAAAUCCUAGAACAUUAGCGCCAAAACCAACACCAAAAACGCCUUUGUUUCAUAGUGACUUUGCGUCAGCACCGUCCUUGUUUGAGAGGCCUUUGAAUCCGAAUGCAGAGACAUUCACACCCAAGCGUGAAGAAAUUCCUCCACUUGACCUUCAUUGCCUUGAUAUCAAAACAAAACCACAGAUAUCUGAAUCAGACGCUAUACAGUGUGUCGUACAAUAUCUCCGAAAACCGGUAGCAGAAAUAAGGAAAUUUGGAGGAAAUCCAUUAGAGUAUAGACGUUUCAUUAGACAAUUCAAUACUAAAGUUGUAAUGAAUACCAAAGACAAUGAUGAAAGAAUGAAUUAUCUGGAACAAUUGACUUUCGGAGAAGCACACAGAGUAGUGUCUGGAUUUAGUCAUAUGUCGGGAGACAGAGCCUACACAGCAGCAAUGAAUCAACUUGAAGAGCGGUAUGGGGACAAUGAGGUAAUCGCAACAGCAUUCAUAAAGAAGGCGUUAGAUUGGCCAGCAGUGAAGGAUGCAAAGAUGCUAGAUGAGUUCUCUUUGUUCUUGGUGGAGUGUCAGAAUGCAGCUGAAAGCAUCGAUAGUGUUUCUGUACUAGACUAUUCAGAUAAUAUAAAGAGACUUAUGACAAAACUCCCUGUGUAUAUGCAUGAUAGGUGGAGAAAUGUUGUGCUGAAAACUAAGGAAACCAAGAAAACAGUGAAGUUUAAAGACUUUGUUAGUUUUGUGAAAACAGAAGCUAAGAAAUCGAACGAUCCCACAUAUGGUAACGCAUCUUUUGGUGGAAAUUCCAAGAAUCAGGAUCGCAACCAGAAGAGAGCUGUUGCGUCUACUGAUGUCACAAGUGAAGUACAUGUACAAGACUUUAAAGUACGAGAACAGAAGUGUGAAUUCUGUGAAAGUAGUACCCAUGCACUGAAUGACUGCAAGAAGUUUGUAACCAAAGGACUUCAAGAUAGAUACAACUUCCUGCGAAAUAAUGGACAGUGUUAUGGAUGUCUUAGGAAAGGCCAUGUUACUAAAAAAUGUAAAGCUAGACUUCAGUGUUCCAUAUGCAGCAGACGUCACCCUACGAUCCUACAUGAUCCUACGAAAUGUGUAGCAAAACCUACAGAUGAAGAAAACAUUAAUCCUGUGUCAACGGAUGUCAAAACUACAUGCAAGAUCUCUAAACCUCAGAUCAGUGCCUUUAGUGAUAAAGGGGCCGGAGAAACAACCUGUGCUAUGGCGAUUAUUCCAGUGAGAGUAAAACUGAAAAAUAAACCAUAUAGCAUAGAAACUUAUGCAUUCUUUGACUCUGGCAGCAGUGUGUCAUUUUGUACAGAAAACAUAAUGCAUAGACUUGGAGCAAGUGGGAAGAAGAAACAAAUCACCAUAAAAACAAUGGGGGAUUCCCAGAAACUAAACACUUACGUCGUCAGUGGGUUGCAAGUAUGUGAACUUUCGAUGGAGCAUAUUAUAACUCUACCAAAUGUGUACACGAAAGAAUGCAUGCCCGUAUCAAAGGAACACAUUCCAACACAGCAAGAAUUAAAACAGUGGCCACAUCUGUCAACGAUUCAAACAUCUGAAAUUGAUGCAGAAAUUGGAAUUAUGAUUGGGAAUAAUGUACCUGAUGCUUACUCUCCAUUCGAGGUAAUUGCUGGGCCAAGCGGUUCUCCUCAUGCAACAAGGACUAGACUAGGAUGGAUCGUAUGGAAUGUCAUAAGGGAAAAUGCAUCAGAUACAUUUGACAUAAACAGAGUGGCUAUAGAAGAUGCUCAGGAAAGAGACAGAAACUUAGAAAAAAUGGUGAAAGAUUCCAUAAACUAUGACUUUCCAGAACGUCUUGAAGAUGAUGUGAAAGAAAACUCUUUAGAAGAUAAGAGCUUCUUAACUCAAGUUUCAGAAUCGAUUCACAUUCGAGAUGGUCAUUACUCGAUUGGACUUCCGUUUAAGGAUCCUUUGAUUCAGUUACCCAACAAUAUCAUGCAGGGAUUUCAGAGACUUGAGAGUCUGAAGAAGAAACUGAUAAAGGAUCCAAAGGUUAGAAAUGACUAUGUGACUUUUAUGAACAAACUGUUUGAGAAGGGAUAUGCGGAACCUGUUCCCCAGAGUCAGUUACAAAGAGAGGACGGCAGAGUAUGGUACCUCCCACACCAUGGAGUUUACAAUGAUAAAAAACCAGGGAAAAUCAGAGUUGUGUUCGACUGCUCUGCAGUUUAUAUGGGGAUUUCACUAAACAGCCAGUUACUCCAAGGACCCGAUCUUACAAAUAGUUUACUUGGUGUACUUUUAAGAUUUCGUCAGGAGAAAGUUGCUAUUCAAGGAGAUAUUGAAGCAAUGUUUCACCAAGUAUCUAUCCCUGAACAAGAUCGAGACUGUCUAAGAUUUCUGUGGUGGAAGGACGGCAAUCUGGAUGCCAGCCCUGAACAAUACAGAAUGAAAGUUCACAUCUUUGGAGCCACUUCCUCUCCUACUUGCUGUAACUUUGCACUACAACAGACAGCUAAAGAAUAUGGUUCUGACUUUGACCCUACAGUUGUGACCACAGUACUCAGGAACAUGUAUGUAGAUGACUGUUUGUCUUCGGUUGACACAGAGAAGAAAGCAGCGUUACUCAUUGAAGAUCUGUCUACACUUUGUAGUAAAGGUGGCUUCCAUCUGACAAAAUGGAUAAGUAAUUCCAAACAAGUGUUAGAAUCUGUUCCAGAAGAAGAUCGAGCCAAAGAUGAGCAGAAAUGGAACCUCGAAGGUGAAAGUGAAACACUCGUAGAACGUGCACUAGGUGUGUACUGGCUUGUUAACAGUGACCGUUUAGGAUUCCUGAUUAACAUUAAAAAUCAGCCAACGACCAGAAGAGGAAUUCUAUCUAUAGUGAGUUCAAUAUUUGAUCCUCUUGGUAUCGUAUCACCUUUUGUGAUGACAGCAAAGACACUUCUUCAAAAAAUGUGCAAAAAUUCAGUUGGAUGGGAUGAAGAGAUUACAGGAAGUCAACUAAAGGACUGGAUAAAUUGGCUGACACAAGCAAAAGAACUUGAAAAUGUGACACUUGGAAGAUGCUACAAACCACAGGACUUCGGGAAGAUGACAUGUCAGGAGUUGCACUGUUUUGCAGAUGCAAGUGAAGUUGGAAUUGGAGUGGUGAUAUAUCUACGACUCGUCAGUGAAACUGGAAAAAUCCACUGUUCCUUCGUUCUUGGGAAAUCGCGGGUGGCACCAUUAAAAACAGUGACAAUACCGAGACUUGAGUUGACGGCAUCAACCUUAGCAGUGAAAUUAUGCAAGAUAGUCACAAAACAGUUGGAUUACCAAAUUGAUCAAGUUUACUUCUGGACAGAUAGCAUGUCAGUUCUUCGUUAUAUAAAGAACACGAAAACUCGCUUUCAAACAUUUGUCGCGAAUAGGCUUGCCAUUAUUCAUGCAGCAACUACAAUCAACCAGUGGCACUAUGUCACCUCGAAAUUAAAUCCAGCAGACUGUGCCUCAAGGGGAAUACCAGUAGUGAGUAGAUUUCUAAAUUCAGCAUCAUGGUUCAGCGGCCCUGAGUUUUUAUGGAAACCAGAUGUUUCAUGGCCAUCUACUGAAAUCGCUAGUGACUUGUUAGAAAUUGACAGUGCUGAAAUUAAGGAGAGUGUCAACACAGCAGUUGAGACAGAAACAGUGGAAGGAAUGGAAAGAUUACUCCGGCACUUCUCUUCAUGGAAGAAGCUGAAAACAGUGACUGGAUGGCUACUCUUAGCACUAGAAAACCUCAAAAUAAUAGUAGAGAGGAAAAGUGAACAGAGAUCAAGAAUGACAUUCUUGACAAAGCAGAAACAAACAUUUUGA